AUGGCGGACCUUGGCGGCUCAUUGGCACUCCUUGGAGGCUCCCUGACGGGCGAAAUGUCUCCCGUCUGGCCAAGCAUCCACGUCAGCUUGAGAUGCUUCUACAGACAUCUGAAGAGGUUUCCAGGGGCAUCUUCGAGCAAGACGGCAGGCAUUUGGCGCUCCUUGCAUGCACGCAAAGUGGCAUGGCUGCCUUCUAGGUUCGCAAGGCUGCAGAGCAGUUUGCAACAGGGUCGGAAGAAGCGGAUUUUUGAGAAAAGGAGGCAGGCCAGCGGAGAGCAGGGAAUCCGCAGGGACCAGGUUGCACUUCAACGCAUUGUGUGCUGUACUCAGUGGAGUGAAAGGACAUGGCGCAAAAGACAAACCUUGAGCAGCGUCCACUGCCCAAACUGGGAGCAGCCCCAGGCGUCCAGAUUCAGCCGUCCUAAGCGCCUUCUCAUGCGCAUGGGAAGCAAGCCAGGAAAGCAGCUUCUCGCCCUCGGAGGCAGCGUCUGUCAGCGCGCUCGCCAGGAGCUGGGGGCUGCAGGCCUUCUGUGGACAGAAGCAGCCUGGGAGAGCAGCCUGGCGGCGGCCAUGACUGGGCUCGAGUCGCUGGCAACUUCCAUGGAAGUCGGGUUGCUGGACGGUUUCAACUCCCUUUUGUGUUCAGUCAAGAGCGCUCACAUGGAGGGGCUCAAGCACCCCGCAAGCGGUCCGGGGAGAGCGGAGCGCGGCGCCUGUCAUGUGCAAGAAGGAGGUGGGGGCAAGGCUGCUGCCGAGCAUCAGACAGCUGGGGCCUCUGGGACUGGGGAGGAGCGGCGCCCAAUCUGCUGUCCAGUCAAGGCUCCGGGGGGAAGGUCGGUUCAGCUUCAGAUGCCCCCGGCCGCUAAUGUUGGAGCCUUGAAGGGCGCAAUUGCGGAGCGCAUCGCCAUCCCUUCGUCUGAGCAGAAGCUGGUGGCGCGAGGCAAGCAGCUGCGCAACGCAAGCCGGCUGGAGCAGCUGUGCAGCGGGGAGGCGCUUGAUGUUGCGCUGAACCUCGCGCUUGCUGGAGGCGGGGAGGACGAGAGAGAAGCCGAUGAGCGCACAACCAAGGUGCAGGCGCCCUCAAACAACGCACGCGGCCUCUUCAACCCCAGCGAUUUCAGCAACUUCCAGCUCAGUCUGAGAGAGGAGCGCAGGCAGCUAGCAGCCGCGCAAGAGCAAAGAGCUGCCAGCAACAACUCUCAGGUACCAUCGGGAGCGCGCCGUCCCAAUGAAUCGGACGAAGAGCUCUCACAAGAGAAGGAAGGGACCAGGCGAUGCAGGCCGCGCAGGAUUGACGAUGACUCGGAUGAAGAGCGCCGCCCUCAGCACAAGCGCAAGGUUAUCCUGUCCCAGUCGUCGUCAGGCUCUGACUCUGGUGAAGGGCUGGUAGGUCCGCUUCCUAAAAAGGCAAGAGACGAACUUGAGCACCAUCAGCAUUCAGCCCUCGCCAGCGAGGACGAGUCGCAGGGCUCGGAAACAGAAGGGGAGGGCGAGGACAUCGAGGGGGCAGAAUUGGAGAGCGCAACAGAAUCCUCGGAUGAGGAGACCUCGCAGGACCGCGAGAUGAUUGACGACGCAAGCCAGGAGGAAGAGAGCCCCGUCAUUAGGGCCGGCCAACUUGCAACACUGGAAUCUUCCGAUUCCAAGUCUCUUUCUCAGAUUCUGGGGGGGCACUUCAAGCGGCGGGCCCCAAAGAGGGCAUCCAUCCCGCUUCGAACAGGGCGCCGGUCCCGGGUGGUGCUUUCAUCACCAGAACCCUCAUCUCAAGCUGGCAGCCAAGCCUCGUGCCAAAGCCAUGCCGCAAAAGACGAGGAGCUCGGGGUUGCUGACGCUGAUCAGCUGAUGCCUGAAGCUGCCGACGGCAGCUCGCUGUCAGAGCCCGAGGAAGAUAGCUAUGGCUGGUGGGACGGCUUUGCCAUGGACUCCGAGGACGACUCGCGCCUGGUGGACGACUUUGCGAAGUGCGUGAUUGUGCCACGUGCGCAUCCAACGCUCGGACGGGCGUCCCUCCUCACAGCCACCCCCGAGCGGGACGAUGGUGACCAGUCCAUACCUUCUGCUCAGCCAUCUGCGCCUGCCUCCCCGGCCGCCGGGCCCCAGGUCACUGGCUGCCUCAACAAUCUGACAGACGCGCCUCAGUCUUUUAGCAGUGCGGGGCGAGGCCUGCGACUGGGCCAACCUGUUCGAGAGAGAAGCGCGGGUGCUCAGACAGGAUCGUUGACCGGACAGGAUGCCCCUUCCGAGGAGCUGGUCGUGGACUCUGGCGCAUCUACGCGCCCACGUGCUCUGCAGGUUGGGGCUACACCGGCCUCGUCUGCUGAACGUCAGCUCGAAGAAGACGGCGCCAUCAUUGUCCACAGGGAGCAGGACGGCAAGCUGUUCACCGUCAAGAAGGCGGAGUUGGGCACCUUCUUCUUUGCAAAGCGCAAGUUCACAAGGGAGCCGGUCAAUUACAAAGACCCUAAGGACGGGCCGCAGGGCUUCUGCAGACGCUACGGCGAGGUCCUCGGUCAUCGGGUGGAGAUUCGGCGCUUGUGCCCCUCCCGAGAAUUUGGAUCCUACUCCAAUUGGCCCACCGCAUACCCUUUUCUAGAAGGGCAGCAACACCUCGAAGAGGCAAUCAAGACUGGGUGCGUGUGCAAGCCCUAUCUGGACCUAGAGAGAGAUGGGGGGCUGCCAGAGGGAGUGACGCUGGAGACGGUCAUCCGGGCGUUUGAGGCGGCCACCAUCGACAUCUUUCGGGAGGACUACGACAUCGAGCUGCCUUCCGAGUCCUUCAACUUUCUGCCCUGCGACUACGGCCCUAGCGGCAAGUUUAGCCUGCACCUGGUGGUCUCGACUCACUCCCCCCAGUACGUCUACCGGUCCAACCUUGCUGCGCCUGUUGACCAUCAAGGCGCCGGGCACCUCGCCAAGGAGCUCGCCCGGCGCUUGCCCCCGCGGUACGCCGAGCUUAUUGACCAGUCGGUCUACACCAAGAACCGGGGGAUUAGGCUCCCCUUCUGCUCAAAGCCCGCCACGCCGCGCAGCCGUCUCGUCCCCCUAGACGAGACGAAGCCGUACGCAGAUGCGUGCAUCACGUGGUUGGAUGACCACAUCCAAACCAUCAAGGUGCCGGCCAGCCUGCCAGACGUAGUGGCAGCUAGACUCCCGCGCACCAGGCCCGAGCACUUUCGGUACCAGAGUGCCACGACGGCCAGCGCGUACGUGGUCCAGAGGUGCACCGAGCUGCUCCUGACUUUGCACCCGACUGCAUACCGCAAGGGCUCCGUAUCAGCAAACUCUCUAAAUUUCAGCUGGUACGACCGGAGCGAGCCGUGCUACUCGGGGCAUGUGCACGAGGGUUCACGUGACAUCCUCGUCAUCGCUGACCCCCAGCGCAACGCGGUCUUUGCCAAGUCCGACAGCGCGCGCCUUGAGCCGGCAACGGGCCGGUGCUGCAAGGUUCUGCCAGCGCGUUUCCUGGGCCCGUUCUACGCGGAUGUCGAGACUUGGAAGGACGAGGCCGUCGAGGUGAACAUGCGGUACCUGGAGCGGGACCCGCUGGCCGCUGCGCCCAUGGAUCUGGAGCAGAUUCGCGGCGGGUUCCGCCCGUUGACGGACAAGGUCGUUUUCAAUGAUGUCUUGAACAAGUGGCAGGAGGGCCGUUACAAGGCGGCGCUUAUCAGGAGCCCCAUGGGCACCGGGAAGUCGACGGUCACCCGUGCCAUCCUCGAGGAGCCCCCCCGUCCGCACACUGCCCUCAUGAUAACCUAUCGACAGACGCAAGCCAGCGACGCAGCCGGAAGCAACCCAGACUUUGCGCAUUAUUGCGACCUGAAGACAACAUGCGGGCGUGUGGCCGGGGACCACGUCAUCAAGCCUCUUGCCGACAGAGAGCUCUACCCGCGUGUGAUUUGCCAGGUCGACAGUCUGCCUUGGCUCCUUGGCGAUGAUGCGCGCGCUCCUGCUUUCGACCUGCUCAUUCUCGAUGAGAUCGAGUCGAUCCUUGCGCACCUCUCGGCCGACACCCUCUCGGAGAGGCAUGUCGUCAUCCGGCUGAUAGUCGAUCUGCUUCGCCGUGCGCGCCGGGUCAUCUGCCUCGAUGGGCACUUAGGCCAACGGACCUUUGACUUCUUGACGCUGCACGGGAUUCGCUGCGGUGCCGUGAUUAUCAACAAGCACGUGCCGGAGCGGCCUCUCGACUUCGAGUUCCUCGAGGGGCAAGCAGGGCUCCAGCUGUGGGAGAGCGCAAUCUUUGAGGCGCUCAGUGCGGGUCAGAACGUGUUUGUGGUGAGCAUGUCGUCGGACAGGGCGCGGGCUUUGGGGAGCGCUGUGGCAGAGCAGGAGCUCGUGGAGGAGAAGGAGGUCCUCAUCAUUACGCGCCACUCUGACGGGGAGGUGAAGCGGGGCCUCAGCGACGUGAACAGGAGCUGGAAGAAGCGGCUGGUCAUCAUCAGCCCGACCGUGGAGGCGGGGGUCGACUUCAACCAGCCAUGGUUCCACCGGAUGUUCCUGUACAUCUGCAAGAAGAGCACGCACCCACGGGGGCUCGACCAGAUGAAGGGGCGGGUCCGGCAGCUGGUCGACUCUCUGGUCCUGUGCUUCGUCAGAGAGGGUAUCAAGCUGCCGACAGAGGGGCCAGAGGGAAGCGCCUACAGAACGCGCAUGGGGGGCAGUGCUAGAAAUGUUCCGAGGCUCGGGGUCGAGGAGACGUAUCAAUGGUUCCUCAACCGCGACGAGAAGGUGGGCGCCGGGCUGUUCUGCGAGGGCCCAGUCACGCGCCUGCUCGCUCACAACGAGAAGGAGCAAUUCAAUGGUCGGACACACUUUUACGAGGAGUUCACCGAGCUGCUCGAGAGUGAUGGCCACGUUGUGAGAGGGGUGCGGGUCGUGGAUCCGGCCGAGGUGGAGGCGCCCGGCGCGGGGGAUCAGCCCAGGGGCAGGUUCUUGCUUGAGGAGAUGAUCCGAGUCUCCGACAUCACCCCCGGUCAAUUUGCCGCCAUUGAAGCACGGGUCAGGAGGAACGAGGACUAUCCGGGGGACAGGGUGCAAGUUGGAGAAGUACCAGCUGGCACGCUUCUACCGCGUGCGCCACCUUGA